UUCUCGUCUGCCUUUUCAGUGCCUACCAUUGUGUCAUCAUCUAAUUUAUAUAACUUACUCCAGCUGACUUGUAAGCCAUGGAUUUGUUUUGUUAGGUGGCAGGUUUAUGCAGACUUGAAAAUGAUAAAGACAGGCUGCAUGCUCCUGACCUUCACCAGUUUAUUCUCCAAAAGAAGGCUUCCCUACCGAAGUCUUCUCUUCAGUUACUGUCAUCCACUCUGGAGGGCCAUAGUCAACUUCUCUCAUCUUUGAAGGAACCUAUGGCUUGUGCAUACAUAGUCGAGCAGAUUGUUUGCGAUGCAGCAUUGAUGAUGAUAAUCAAAGAGCAAAGAAGCUUAGAUUAAGCAGAAAGGAUGCUGAAAUCCAGUCACCAAAACCGAGGUCACCUGUUACUGCACAUGAUGGUGGCACAGUGACCUUGCAAGAAGAUCAUCCUGGAUCUGCACAGCAUGUGAAUAAGCGGAAUGUUUCACAUGGCGAGAGGAUUAAUUUUAGCAGUGGUGAAAUCGAGCCACUAAUACAAACUUUAGCUGCUUCAGCUCCUGAUGGUGGUAAAUUCAAUUUGAAACUAGGUUCUUCUAGACUUGGAAAAGGUGGUGAAAUCCAGCCACUCAGACAAACUUCAGCUGCACCACCUUCUGAUCGUAAUGAUGUAAACUUGCAAAAGGAUUCUUCUGGACUUGGACGGUAUUUGCCCAAGCAGAACAUGCCUGAUGCUGGUAGUAGUCACUUACAUCAAGACAUUGGUAGUACUGGUGGUGAUACCAUUCAAUUGUUGAAAGAUUACUCAAGUCUUCAAAAUGCAACUUCAGAUAGAAGUACAAAGAAUGUGAAUCCAGCAUCCGGCAAGACAGACUUAUUUUCUGGUGUGCCAAGUGUGAUACCAGAGGCAUCAAGUGAUAGCGACGGUGCUUGUGAUGUUCCUUCUGAUUUUAAUCUUUGUGAUGUCUUUGAUAACGAGAAGCACCGCUUACUGACUUCUCAAAGCCUUGCAAAUCAUGAUUCUGUUACUGGGGAUUGGACAGAACAGGGCCUAUGUAUAAACUGCGAUAAUGGUGGUCAAUUGUUAAGUUGUAGUGCCAGUGGCUGUUCAAUAGGUGUCCAUGAAAGCUGUUUGGGAGCAUUUGUUAAAGUUGAGAAGACUUGUCUUUUCUACUCCCUUUCUGUUCAUUUAGAAGAGCUGCUAUUGCAUAUUGCAAAGCCAGGGAAAAGCUUUCAUCAGCCAAGAAAGCCCUUUCAGUUUUUCUUGGAAAGGAUCCUAUUCCUGGGCAUCGAAAGGAACAAUCAUCUCCAAAAGUUCAUAGAGAAACAAGUCAAGCAGAUGUUGCUGGAAAUUUGAGUCAUCAGUCAGCUGUCCCUCACGCAGACAAGCUGAAUGUGAGCUUUUCAAUAGCACAAGAAAAACACCAGCAAAUAGAAGUUACCAAGGUUUGUGAUAAAGCCGAGCUGUGCGGUAACCAAAUGGAUAAUCCAUCUGGUGUUGAGGGAUGUGAUGUGUCUCAUAAUCCAGUGGAAAAUAAACAUGAUAAGAUGUUCAAGAAAGUUAGCUUCCCUGAAUCUGAGGAUGCUGAUACCAUCAUCAAUGUGGAGAAUGAAUUAGGCAAUAACAGUGAACAUGUUUGGGUGGCAGAGCACCAGCAACCAACAGAACCUCAAGAAGGAAUUGAUAAUGCACUUGAAAAAUCAAGGGCAAGUAGAAGCUUUUCUUGACCAUGAUACCGGCCAUAAAUCACCAUCUCCACAAACCAGUGAGAAGCACUGUGAGAGUAGAAGACAGGAUGCUGCUGUAGGUGAGGCAUGUCAUCCCCAAGGAACAGUAGGAGACCAGGGCUGGAACGACGCUUCACCGGGCAAAAAUUUAAAGUACAGAUCUCGAUCCAAGCGUUAUUCAAACCCAAUAAUUCCUUCUGGCAGGCGAAAGAAACUUGCUUGGACUGUCCAGGAGGAAGAAGCUCUGAAGGAUGCAGUGCAGAAAUUUUCUGUAAAUAGUGAUGGUACUCUUCCAUGGACAAAAAUUUUGGAAUUUGGUUGCCGUGUAUUUCACAAAACACAUCAACCUGGUGACCUGAAAGACAAGUGGAGGAACAUUCAGAUCAGUGUUCGCUGUAUCAGGCUGAACCGCUUGAUAUGUGGCAUAUCGAGCUGGACCGACGGUCAGCCAAUCCGAUUUGAGAGGUUUUUUCGAAAAACUCCUUCGAACCGUUCGGUUCGGUAUGGUUCGGAUCCAUACCAUCCAAAAUUGAGCGGUAUGGACCGAUACAGUUUGGUUCGUCAUAUUCCAGUAAAUGCAGCAGUCAAUCCUUACUAUCGAUAUGUCAUUUCAGCUAUAGAGGCUGUCGGUCAGGGUGUAGAUCCGUCAGGACCUAAGGACAUCUAUGGUCAGCUUUUUGACAGUAAUAAGGAGGAUCUGCAGAGAUGGAUUACUUCUUACAAGAAUAAAUGA